AUGAAGUUCUUCGCCUCCACAAUCCUCUUCGCCGUCUCGGCCCUUGCCCAGAAUGCAUUGAUCGGCCUCCCUUCCACAGGCCAGAAGGUCACUGCCGGCGAUGAGAUUGUUGUCCAAGUCCAGCGUCCCAACUCCCUUACAGGCUCCAAGGAAAUGGGAGUCGCAAUUGGCUUCUCCUCAUGCGCAUCUUCGCCGUGCCACACCCCAGAAGAAGUAAUGGGAACAAUCCUCUAUAACGGACCCUUCGAUCCCGUAUACCACGAGAGCAGCCAGCCCCCCUAUGAGAACUUCACUGUCACAGUGCCCCAGUCAACUGCCAAAGGAAACGGUCAGAUUAAUGUUGCUCAUGCUACAUUGAUUGGUGCUGGUCCUUUUCCCUACCUGGAGACUCUUAACAAGACCGUCACCGUUGCAUAA